AUGAAUGUUACUAUUGUCGGCGCAAACGGCGAGGUUGGCUUGUCCACCAUUGCAGCCCUUAAAACUUCCUCUACCAAGUUUAACCUGACCGCAAUUGUUCGACCUGCUUCUAUCAACAAGCCUGAGAUCGAAUUUAUCAAAAAGCAAGGUGUCUCAGUCGUACCUAUCAACAUUGAAAACAACCAUGAUGAGCUUGUAAAAACUCUCACUGGACAAGACGUCGUCAUCAGCGGUGUGGCCCCAUUCACAACUGCUCCCGAGAUUGCUCUUGCAAACGCAGCCAAGGCAGCUGGAGUGAAGCGUUUUAUCCCCAGUGGCUUUGGUCCAAGCUGCCCUCCUACUGGUGUCCUGAUUCUCAGGGACUUUAAAGAAAUCAUCAUAAGCCACGUCAAAAAGAUUUACCUGCCCUACACUAUCAUCGAUGUCGGCCUGUGGUACCAGGUGUCUCUCCCAGCUCUUCCAUCUGGCAAGAUCGACUACGCCCUCAAGUUCCCUACAAAUAUCAUGGCCGAGGAUGGCUCUCACGCUUCAGCUAUCACGGAUCUCCGAGACGUUGGGAAGUAUGUGGCCAAGAUUAUCACUGAUGAGCGUACUCUGAACAAGUAUGUGUUUGCCUACAAUGAGGUCUGGACGCAGGAACAGAUCCAUAGCCAUUUGGAGAAAGUGACCGGCGAGAAGAUCCCGCGCAACAAGGUGACAACGAAAGAGAUUGAAUCCACCAUCGCAAAAGCCCAGGCUACGUACGAUCAAGGCGACAAGUCCCUCCCAUCCUUAUUCGGACUUGUCUUUCCCCAGUACAUCAACUGCGAGUGGUUCCGUCAGGAUAACCUCCCGGAGCGUGCCAAGUAUCUGGGGUAUCUCAGCACCAAGGAUCUUUACCCUGACUUUGAGGCGAUCAAGUAUGUAGACUAUGUGGAUGAGGUGGUUGAGGGCAGGGGAAAGUCUAUCUAUGUCAACCGCGAGUUUUGA